GAGCCCAGAUCCCAUGGAGGCGGCCGGCUGCACCUACCAGUUUCGGAUCGCGCUGCUCGGGGACGCGGCGGUGGGCAAGACGUCACUACUGCGGCGCUACGUGGCCGGUGCGCGCAGGGCGGAGCCGGAGCCGGAGCCCACGGUGGGCGUGGACGUCUGCAGCCGCGUGCUGCAGCUGCGCGCCGGGCUGCGGGUCAAGCUGCAGCUCUGGGACACCGCCGGCCACGAGCGCUUCAGGUGCGUGACCAGAUCCUUCUACCGCAACACGGUGGGCGCUCUGUUGGUCUUCGACGUGGCCAACAGAGAGUCCUUCGAACACAUCCACGCCUGGCAGCAGGAGAUCCUAUCCGCCCAGGGCCCUGGCAAGGUGAUCUUCUUACUGGUUGGCCACAAAUGCGACCUGAGCACCCGAUGUGUCUCCACCCAGGAGGCAGAGGAGCUGGCCGCCUCGCUGGGCAUGGCCUUCCUGGAGACCUCAGCCAAAAGUAACUGCAACGUGGACCUGGCCUUUGACACUGUCGCCCGUGCCAUCGAACAGGCCCUGCAGCAGGGGGACCUCAAGCUGGAGGAGGACUGGACAGGCGUCCGUCUCCUCCGCAGAGCCCCAGCCCCUAGAUCCCCCAGACGGAAGCAGGACUCUGGGCCAUGCCAGUGUUGACUCCGGGAGAGAAAGGGUUAACGUGGUGCCAGCUUUAGCCUCCUCACCCCCCUCCCCCACCCCCGUGACUUUACCAUCUCCUGAUGCGUGCCUGCCCUCUAAUUCUUGGGACUUUUUUCUUUAUUUGAGAUUAAACACAGGGCUUGGCUAGCUAGCCUUUA